CCUUGUUGCAGGCAGCACAGUCUGUAAGUCUGCACUGCAUGUGUGUCAUACUACCAAACUUCUCUUCGAGUGCUCUAUACCGGAAUAUAUAUAUAUGGCAUCUAGCACUUAAUUACAUCUCUCUGUUGUAUAUGGUUGUACUGAGUGCAUACAAAUACCGAAUACUGCAUCAGAUAUGGGAAAUAUCAUUAGCUCAUGUAGGGACAAAAUAACACCAUCAUUGCAUAGCAGCAAGAAGGCUGAGCAGAGUGGUGCUUUAGUGAAGGCGACAGAAGAAAAGGCCAAGCAAAGGGAUGUUCUGAAUAAGAACCCUGAAGGAAAAGCCAGGCAAAGGGAUAUUUUAGUGAAGGCAACAGAAGAAAAGGCCAAGCAAAGUGACAUUUUAGCGAAGGAGAAAGAAGAAAAGGCCAAGCAAAGUGACAUUAUAGCGAAGGAGAAGGAAGAAAAGGCCAAGCAAAAUGAUAAAUUAGUGAACGAAACAGAUGAAAAGGCCAAGCAAAGUGACAUUCCAGAUAAACCAACAUACAAAACGGCUAAGCACGAUGAUACUCUUGAUAAGUUUACACAAGAAAAGGUCAGGAAUAGCGAGCUGCAAGACAAAGCCAAGGAGACAGAACUUCACAAUAAACAUGAUAAACCCAUACAGAAUGAGAUAGAGCAAGAUAAGUUACUAGUUAAGGCCAAGGAAGAGGUGUUACUGUGCAAGGCCGAGCAAAAUAAAAGUUCAGUUGAUUUUAAUUUUAAAGAUGUUUGUGAUCCAUUCACAAAAGAACCAGCCCAAAUUGGAAAAGAAUGUGGAACACAGAUGUGUGAAUUACGAGACCAUAAUCAUGACACGGACGCUAGUGAUUGUGUAGGGAAUAUAGAUCCAACAAGAAAGAGGCAUGACCAUGAAACAGACAGUCAUAAUUAUCAUACAAAUUCACCGGAGAAUGGUCACUUUCCAGAUGUAAUCCCAUCAGAGGAGGAUGGAGAAGAAAAUAGGUCAAAGGUGAGAACAGCAUCAACAGGUGAGGAUAACUCUAUAGUGGCGCUGGACAAUAAACAGACGGCUAUACUACAGAGGCUUGGAGAGUUGAGAGGUGUCCUGGAUCAGCUAAACAACAAGUACGGUGGCGCCACCACAACAUCGCCUUCGAAAAUGUCAUCUACCAUGGUACUACCGAGUGGAGUUGUCCAUGACAUUGUCAUCAACGCUGACCCAGAGAAUCCACCGGCCAUUGUGUUUGUACUGUUCACACUCCUUAGGGAGAGGUGUCGGGUGUACGGGUCAAGCCUCGUCCACUCCAGUGUGAACAACGUCCCGGACCAACUUCGCAAUCUCUUUAGUGAGCAAGACAACAAUUGUCCACGUGGAAACCACCAGGUGGCGCUCACAAUUAUAUGGAAAAAAGUUGAGAAUGGCCCAACCCUGAUAGUGUCGCCACACAAGCAGACAGCAAUCCAGGGAGAAGCAAAUAUUGCGAGAUACAUCAUGCGACUCAUCAACCAGGAUUACGACAACUCGGAUGUCGUUGCCACAACACAAGUCGACGAUUGGUUAGACUCCGCCCAGCAACAGCUCCACCGUGGCAACACGAAGGAAAAAGCUGCAGCAGUGAAGUCUCUAAACGCUAGACUCGGGAGAAAUGAUUGGCUUGUAGGAUCAGAAAUCUCAUUGGCUGAUAUGGUGAUGUGGGCGGCUCUAUUUCAGACCAAUCAAAUGUCAAAUGCUCCAACCAAUGUAAAAAAGUGGCUGGCAUCUUGUGAUAAAAAUUCAGUUUUCAAGUUUGCCAAGACUGUUUUAAAUGGAAGUUAAAAAUAGACUUUGGACAAUGUUGAUUUUUCUUUUUCGAACUUAAUUUUAUACCUGAUGACAAAUUACUGUUCAUAUAAUAUGUACCAUUACCUGCUUCAAUAAUUUGUUAUCGGAAUACAUUUUUGGAAUGAAAUGUGAAAUAUUUACA